AUGGAUUUGUUAGGUCUUUCAUAUCCCAUGACAUAUGUUAAUAGUAUAAAUGAAGAGCAUAAAAAUGUUGUAAAUGUUGAACAAUUAAUCGCAUUUUUGAAUAUUAAGGAGAGGAUAGCUUGCGAUAACAUUAUAAAUGGCAUGUAUAAAGGGGGGCAGAUUAUUAUUAAAAGAUGGAAUUGCUGA